AUGUAGGCUAUGUCUUAACGCACUGUUUUUCUUCAUUUCAGUAUUUGGAUAUAGUUUUCCUAAUCCGAACAUCUGCUUUAGAAGCAAGCCGCUGCUCCGUGCUUGCGCAUGCUCUCUUUGCUCUGGGGGUAGUGGAAAUAAAGAGAGAGAGAGAGGGUUAACGGGGAUCCAUUUAGUGGCAUGUCACAGCGUCGCACAUUUUCCUGACUUCUUCUUCUUCACAAUGCACUUUGGGAUUUCAAUAAGAUGCGUGUGUGUUUCCCGAUAACAAGCUUUCUCCUCGCCGUCAACUUUUACAGCCAGCUGCUGCGAGCUCAGGAUCCCUCCUGCUGCCAACAUGCUACCGAGACAUCACCCUGCAAAGAAGCUUGUGACCAGCUUGCAACCAUAAAAAGUGAAUCACGCCUAAAACAUCUCCUCCAGAGGUUACCCAGCUACUGUCCAGAGUCUGUGAAUGAGCUUUGGACGUGUAUCAACUCUACACUCCCAGGUGUUUCCAAGAAGUCAGAUGGUUGGGUCGGGCUCGGUUGCUGUGAGCUGGCCAUUUCAGGCGAGUGUCGUAGAGAAUGCAAACAGGCAUCAUCUAAAAAUGACUUUACAAGAGCAUGCAAAAAGGUCACAGAGACCUCCCUCUACAGCUGCAUCACCAAAAAUGAAAUGGGUUCUUCAUGCUGUAGCUUCGUGGGCCGUCACACCAACUGCCGGGACUUCUGCGAUGCCAUAUUCAGGACGGAUUCAACCCCAACAGAGUCCCAGAUCAAGACUGUCAAAGACUUCUGCAAGAGCCACAGCCUUAAGCUGGUCGAAUGUGUCAACAACUUCACUGAGGCCUACCCCGCUCGUAGCCCAAUAGAUAGUUUAUACUGCUGUGACCGGGCUGAAGCCCCUAAUUGCCAGGCAGCCUGUAAACAUCUCCUGCGCACCAUGAAUACAGACCAAGAGAUUAUGGAUGGGCUAAUUAAAGAGUGCGGAACCCAGCCCCUUCCUCAGGACCCAAUGUGGCAGUGUUUUUUGAGCAGAGCUUACCCUCCUUCCCCACCUGAGGAGGAGACACCCCAUCCAGCCCAGAUGGACUGUGCCAAGCUGCACUGCUGUUCCAAGGCAAACACGUCAGUCUGCAGGGAAAAGUGCCAGGAGAUCAGCACCCACUGGGGAAGUCAGACAUGGCAAGAUUUUGAUCAGCUAUGUGAGUACAAUCCAAUGGAGACAGAGCUCAUCAACUGUCUGGCAGACGUUCGAGAGCCCUGCCAGCUGGGCUGCAAGGACCUCACCUACUGCACCAACUUCAACAACAGGCCCACAGAGUUGUUCCGCAGCUGUAACAUGCAGUCAGACCAAGGUGCCAUGAACGACAUCAAGCUGUGGUCCAAUGGGACGAUCAAGAUGCCCUUUAUGAACAUCCCUGUUCUGGAUAUCAGGAAGUGUCUACCGGACAUGUGGAAGGCUGUGGCCUGCUCACUGCAGAUCAAGCCAUGCCACAGCAAAUCCAGAGGGAGUGUCAUAUGCAAGUCAGAUUGUGUGGACAUUCUGACCAAGUGUGGGGACAAGAAACGAUUUCAUGGAGGACAAACCCCCGAGAGGCUCUGUGAGGUGCUGUCUCCCGUCGAUGACCCGGAACGCUGCAUCCCCCUCCACAGAUAUCUCACACCCAGUUCACUUGACAACACCAUAGUUGAGGAGAUCCUCCAUCCAUGCAACCCUAAUCCAUGUCCAAGCAACCACUUAUGCCAGGUCAACAGAAAGGGAUGCCUUGAUGAGAUCAACUGCCAGGCAUAUCGUUGUGUGCCAGGUUGUAAAAUGGGUGAGGCUUCCGAAUUUCUGGUGCAGCAGGACGCUCUUAUCCAAGUCCCAACAGGUGACGGCACUGCUGGUUGCCACGAGAUGUGCAGCUGUGGCCCAAGUGGCCGACUGGAGAACUGUGUGGAGAUCCCCUGUAUGGAAAUGGAAAAGGGCUGCAUAGUAGAGGGGCAACGAAAGAACCAUGGCACAACUUUCAGGACUGACUGCAACACGUGUUCCUGCUUCGCUGGAGAAACCAUGUGCUCUACCAGAAAAUGUCCCACAGAAAAUGACCACUGGCUAUUUACUGAUCUUCCCUGUAAAUGUCCAUAUCGCUUCAUCCCAGUGUGUGCCUCCAAUGGGCGGACCUAUCCCAGUGGAUGUGUGGCCCGCUGUAUGGACCAAAAAUAUGUCUUUGGCCACUGCCGUUUUAGUAACCCUUGCGCUGGUAUAGCCUGCCCGAGAAACCAGAGGUGUAUCGCAAGGCAUCGUGUUUGUCUGAGCAACUCUUCAGACUGUCCACAGUACGAGUGCGUUGGCCGGCCGCCAGUCUGCGACAGAAACAGCAUGGAGCUGGCCUGUGAUACAGACGGCCUGGUGCAUCGCAGUCUGUGCCAUCUCCAGCAGGCCGGGAAGACACUGGCCUACAUGGGACACUGCCAGGAGGCCUGCAAGAAAACAAACAAAGUUUGCGGUCACAACGGUGAAACAUACAACACUGUGUGUGAGGCUUUCUCUGACCGUGUGGCUGUUGACUAUGAGGGCCACUGUCGUGCCGUAGGGGCCUUGUCUGAUACGGCUUUAGAUUCAGUGUGCAGCGAGGUUUCGUGUCCACCGAUAUCUACGGCGGGCUGCCAGCCCAUCAUUCCACCAGGAGCCUGUUGUCCCAUAUGUGCUAGCAUGCUGCAGAUCCUCUGGAGCCAGAAGCAGAUGAACACUUUCUCAAAGCUGAAUAGGAACCGGCCCAUGACGGUCCACGACGUCCUGCAGAUCCUGCGGCUUCACAUCUCCGUGCCACAGUGUGACGUCUUUGGCUACCUGAGCAUUGACAACAGACUGGUAGUCCUUGUUGCCCCAGUUGAUCACCAGCCAACACCUCUGCAGAUCGAGGCUUGCAGUAAGGAGGCAGAGAAGAUAGAUUCCCUCAUCAACUACGCCAGCCCCACCCUGGUCUCCCAUGUCCCCCUGUCAGCCUUCCUCAGCUCCGAGAUCAAGACCUCCUCCAUCCAUUCCGGAGGCUCACUACCUUCACCUGUCCACCAUAUCCUCUGGUUCUUCCUGGCUUUCAUCAUCACAGCACCUCUCAGACUUCUGGAGGUUUAAGCUGAUUCCUACCCCCCAGUUUCUCCCUCAGUAACUCUGUUUUUUCCCAAAGUGUCCCAAUGCUUGCACUGUUUGGGCUGCCAUGGAGUGGGGCAAGGCAACAAUUAUGACAAUCAUUCCCAGUGACUCUCUUGCGUUUUAAACAAUCAAGCUGGUUUAAAAAUUGUUAUUAUAGACUGUUUUAAAAAGUAUUUUUCAGCGAUGAGUUACUCACUGAGUUUCUCCAUAGUGGAGGUUGCUUACGGGUGUGUGUGUGUGUGUGUGUGUGUGUGUGUGUGUGUGUGUGUGUGUGUGUGUGUGUGUGUGUGUGUGUGUGUGUGUGUGUUUGGCCUCUAAGGAAUAUUUAGCUUCAAACCAACAGUGUUAAUUCAGUCUCUGAAAGGUGUAAAGGUUGAUAACUCUGUUUGUCUCUGCAUGCAUGCGUGUGUGUGUGUGUGUGUGUGUGUGUGUGUGUGUGUGUGUGUGUGUGUGUGUGUGUGUGUGUGUGUGUGUGUGUGUGUGUGUAUGACUGAUUGAUCUAAGGCAGAUAAAGGAAAGAUACCCUAAUCUGACAGGACAUCUGUCUGACAAGUAAUUCACACAGAAUUAGUCCGUCACAUGUACACAGAUCCAUGUUUUACAUACUUACUAAAGACCUUGUAUUGACUCCAUUCAUUUUCAACCCUUUCUAGGACUUAACCUUAACCCUAACCAGUACAUAACUAACCUUAACCCAAACUCAAUAGACACCUUGGACCUAAACCCUUGCCCUAAACAAGAGUAUCAGUCCUUGCUUUCCAAAAAUAUCAUCACUUGGCUGGUAAAAUACAAAAACAUGGUUCUUACUUGGCAGCAAUUACAAGCACACACAUACACAGUUACUGUGAUUGAACAGGUCUGUGUUUACAGUGAGCGAGACAUUAGGGGGUCAGAGUAACUUUUAUUUGAUUCAAUCUAAGUGUUGACCACAGGUACAGUACAUUGUACAUGCAUGUGAGGUCCAUGUGGACAGAGUGUUUGAACCUUAGCAGUGUUAUGGACAGAGUCAGGUCCAACAUACCGAUCCAGCCUUUAAAAUCAGAUCCAAUUUCUGAUCAAAUAAAAGUGCCCUAAUUUCAUAGAAUACCAAUAGUGUCACAAAAGCUAGGGAGUAUAUACACCCAAAAUAUUAAUAUGCAUGUAGGAAAAAUAAAACAAUUAGUAAAUGUGGCUAUAUGAAGAUUUAUUACAGUCAAAAAACUGUAUUUAAUUUUAACCAUUGCUCAUUUUAAGAAGAAUGUGGUUGAUUUAUUUCAAUGUAAUUUAAUUAUUAUUUUAAUUGUUAUUUUUCAUUGCUUUUAUCUUCAGAUUUAACUUUUUGAUCUUUUCACAGUUUUUCCUGAUCUAACUCUUUAUUUUACCUUUUCUUAUCUUUUCAUUCUCAUUCUCAUUUCACACAGACCUUCAGAACAAUAAAGGCAAGACAGAAAAAAACAAAGAACAAUAACAGCUUGAGGCCACAUAAGAUAAAGAUGAAAAAAUAAAAAGCUAAUAUAGUGACAGACAAAAGAAAUUUCAUUGCCAUGUCCAACUUUCGGUAGAUAUUUUAAUGUAUUUUGACAAUCAAAUUGGAAAGGAUUUUGUAAAUUAUUUGAUUUGCAAGGAGCUGGUACAUUAAGAGUUAAAUCCUGAGUGCAUUGAUAUUUUACAGGAUUGUUUGCCAGAAAAAGAUAAAGUUCAACAGACAAAGGAUGCUGGUAUUAGACGGCAUUAGCAGCACGUUGCGAAAUUUGUUGGGGCUCACACUUAGGGUUUAAAUGAGACUCUGUGGUUGUAUGAGAGGUGUACUGAUUGUCCUGGAACAGAUUGGUCAGCUUGUUUUGAUCUUCAUGCUUUAUGUUGCCGUUCCAGACAGCUUUGCUUUUUGCAUGUUGAAUAAUUGAAACACCCAUCACUGGGCUUAAUGAAUUCACAUUCAAGUCACACCAUUCUUGAUGGGUGUGUGUCUGUUUUAGUUGAUAUAUUUUUAAAGAUAAAUAAUAUCCACAGUCUGUCAUUUUGUUACUAUCUGCCUUUUGCCUUACAAUCAGACAUGUGCAUGGACAUUUUUGGGGGAAGUUGCUCCAGCCCAUCAAAUUAAUCAUAAAUUUAAAGAAAAAACACAGCAGGAUAUAUUUAACAUACAGUACAUUUUUAUUGUUUAUAUUAUUUGUUAACAGCAUCAGUACAUGUCUAAUCAAACAGAAAAACUUGAAUGAUCAAAUUGAAUGAAUAAAUCAAUAACAGGCAAAAACAGACAGAACAAGGCCACAUUGUGAAAGCUUUUUAAUAACCAAACAAUUAAUUAAAUAAUCGGCAUAAAACUAUCACAACUCUGCUCUGAAACAGUUAAGUAAAAAAAAAAAGUAUCCAAUAUAUUCUAGAAAAUACAACUACUGAGGUAGUUGUACGCCGCGCACUCUCUAUAUGAAGGAAAAUUGGCCUCCAGCAGAAAGGGCACUUUUCACAUCCAGAGGGAAAAGGGGGCUAUCUGUGCAUGUGCUUGCUUAUAAGUGUGUGUUUCCUUUUUUAUCCUUUUAAUUACAUAUUAAUUUAUUUUCAGGGUUUAUUUACUCACAUUUGUUUUUUUUUUGUGUGGCACUGCUGUUGUUCCAUACUAAUCUGAACUGAUCAGUAAGCGUAGCUCCAGGUCUGGCUGAGACAUGAGAUGUUAUAUAAAACAUUGGUCAGUUUUGCCAUGAUGACUUUGAGCUUUUCUUCAAAAUAGGUCUGCUAACACUUCAUCUGAUGUGGGGCGCACCAAAUUUAAACACAAGAACUGGAUUGUGAAUGUGUGAAGGUACAUCAGUAAAAUGAUUGUAACUAAAGAGCUUUUCUUGUAUUCUACCCCAAGGUAAAUGGUCCCUUAUGAUGUAGUUUAUAAAGGCUGGACCUUCUGUCUCUUUGUGUGAUGCCAGUAGCUUUGGAAAGAACUUUUUGUCACUACAGACAAUAUGAAUGAGAAGCCAUUAAAAUAACAAAAGGACAAUCAACUGGUUCCUACCUACUGCAACUGUAGGCUGGAGACGAGUUUUUUCACUAUAUGCCUUGCGUAUAGAGUCUUAUAUGAAGUAUUAUUAAAGAUGCAAUACAUUUAUGUUUGUUCAGAAAUGUCUCUAUAUUUGAUAUGAAUCUGAUAAUGUGUAAUAAUGUCUUCUGUUUUUAAAACUAAUUGUUGUGUAUUAUUAUUAUUAUUACAAGAUGAAGAUAUGUCUUGAUUCCAGGUUUGUACUCCCAAGUGUGUUGUCUUGCCCUUGUGUUUGUGUCUGCCUGCACAGAACAAUGUGUCCCUAUCUAACAGUAUUACUGUGCUGGGCAGAUAUGUAGCAGGGAACCUCGACCAUGGCUCCUCCUUCUGUUAUGUUUUCCAUUUUCAUUAUCAUAUAAAGUUAUAAAAUAUGGA